AUAGGUAUAUAAAAUUUCAGAAAGCCACGAAUAAUUUAGAGAGACAUUUUUAUAAAUGAAUAUAAGUAUUUAUAUAUUUUUAUAAUUUUAUGUUCAAAAUGUUGUUCUGUGCAUUAAUGUGUCGAGACCGUAAAGAAAACUGGUUAGAUAAUUACAUAAACAGAGAGAAUUUUGCGUUUCGAUUGAAGCCAUUAUUCAUUAUCAUUAAAGGGUUGGUUUAAAACUUGAACGAUCGACCGCCAGAUGGCCAGAACAUGAUAAACUAUAAGUGAUUAUUAGGAUACAGACGACACAAACGACACGUCAAUUUUGACGUAGCUAUGGACGGUCAGUUAUUGGAACCAACUUUAUACACAAUCAAAGGCAUAGCCAUCCUUGACAACGAUGGCAACAGGAUACUUGCCAAGUACUAUGACAAAAACGUCUUUCCAACGUCAAAGGAGCAAAAGACGUUUGAAAAGAAUCUGUUCAAUAAAACCCACAGAGCUAAUGCCGAGAUCAUUAUGUUGGAUGGUCUGACUUGUGUGUAUAAAAGUAAUGUCGAUCUGUUUUUCUAUGUCAUGGGAAGCUCUCACGAGAACGAGCUUAUUUUGAUGAGCGUAUUGAAUUGUUUAUAUGAAUCUGUAAGUCACAUACUUCGUAAGAAUGUUGAAAAGAGGGCAGUUCUUGACAGCCUGGACAUUGUUAUGUUAGCUCUGGAUGAAAUUUGUGAUGGCGGUAUUAUUCUCGAUGCUGAUGCAACAAGUGUAGUCCAAAGAGUUGCUUUGAGGACAGAUGACAUACCUUUGGGAGAACAAACAGUUGCACAAGUUUUACAAUCAGCCAAAGAGCAGCUGAAAUGGUCUUUAUUGAAAUAGGGCUUCUUUCUUAAAUCAAAAAUUUUAUGGCGUUAAUAAAAAAUUAUUGUACUUUAAAGAUUUGGUAAUCAACUUGAUGUCAUUUUGUGUAUACAUUCCGUCAUCGCAUCACGUUUUCCUACAGUGGAAAAGAUGAAGGAACAAUUUUAUUCUGUGGCUAUGCCAUGUCAUUAUUGUUACUUUGUCGGUAAAACUUGAUAGUAUUUAUAUUUUACACAAACCAUAUUAAAAAAAAGAUAUCUUUUUAAAAA